AUGGCGGCCAGAGCUGGGGCGUGGGUGGCGCUGGUUCGAUGGCCCGCCCGCUUGGCUUCUCGCAAAAACUACACGGGGUACGCCAAAAGCCACAAUCUUGGUGUGAGAACAGCGGGGGCACAGCGCGGAGGAGGCAGAGGCGCGGCGGAGGAGGAGGCGGCGGAGGCGGAGGAGACGAAAGAGGUAGCAAGGGGUUGGAGAGCAGCGCAAGGGGGCAGCGCAGACAAGGGGAUCUACCUCAUCAUCAUCUGCACCACCACUCCCCCGAAGAGAGAAGAGAGAGAGAGAGAGGAAAAAUUUAAUAAUAGAGAGAGAGAGAGAGAGAGAGAGAGAGAGAGAGAGAGAGAGAGAGAGAGAGAGAGAGAGAGAGAGAGAGAGAGAGAGAGAGAGAGAGAGGAAAAGUUGAGAGAAGAGAGGGAAAACGUGAGAGAAGAGAGAGGAAAAGGUGAGAGAGAGAGAGGAAAGUUGAGAGAAGAGGGAGAGAGGGAGAGAGAGAGAGAAAGUUGA